AUGUCUCCUAAAUUGCGACCUUUACAUCUGCCCUUGUUAGUGGAGGAGAGGCGAAGAAAGGAAGAGGAGGAAGCGGCCCAGCGCGAGAUAGAGGUGGAUGUGCCGUAUAACUUUUACACCACCGACUCUUUCUCAUCCGAAGCGACGUCGCCAGCGACACCUACCUUUUCAGCACGCGGUCAUCUGCGCUAUUCGAGCUCCAUGUCGUCCUUCGAUCUUGCAACGGCAGCAAGCUCCGAGAGCCCUUCGUCGCCAGCGCAAACGCAAACGGCACAGAACUCGAGCAAACGCGUAUUACCGGACGUGAAAGAAGAACCCGUAGAAUGCGAAGACUCUGAUUCUGACUAUGAUGACUAUGAUGAUGAUGACGAUGCGUCUGAGUUGUAUCAUUGUUUAUGCGACGAACCCUGCAUUCACAGGGAUGCCGAUCUGGUACAGAGCACGUCAAAUUUCUAUACUCAGAGCCGAGUAGGCGACUAUGAUCUAGGAUUCUUUAGCGACGGCGACUUCAGCUUCAGUUUGCGCUCAUCCAGGAAGCGCAGAGACAACUCCGAGUCAACACUCGCAGGAUUCUCACAGCGGUUAGGUUCCAGGUUCCCAUCUUUCACCAGGUGGAAAUCGACGAAGCCGUCUAGCAUCAUUAGCUCCCCUGUAUCUGACUAUGGAUUCGAACGGCGACCAGUCUUCUCUCGGGCAACUUCGAGCCGAUCCUCUUCAGUUUCAACACCUAGUCGACAACGUCCCGACCGCUCAAACGAACCCGUCGUUCCGCCUACGCCUGCCCUGUCCCGUUUCGGGAGCAGCGACAGCUUUAUGCCCUUCGAUGAGACCAUGGAUUCCAAGAAAACCAAUGACGUCCUUUCGGCUAUCGAACAUGAGCGUAAGCAGGCGGUAACACCACUUUUACCGCCUAUGAUGGCUUCUGCUUCGACUGAACAAAUUCUGAUGCAGCCCUCUCCGUUAGAAUCCCCGAGCGUCGCCUCCCCAGCCUCCCCGGUAGGGGAUGAUGUUUACUCGUCUGGUUUACUAUCCCCGCCGCUAAGCACGAGACCCUCACGCUCCUCUCUCCGCCUUGUACCAGGCGCGGUGGAGCUUCCCCAGCUUCCCCAGCUCCCUGCGCCCGACGCCUGGUCAGACCGUUUAGGUCAUGCGAACUACACUAUUGUCCCCAAACCAUACAAACCUGAAACCGUCGACUUGGAGGCUUUACGAAGAUUUCGGGCGGAUUGGGAGACAGCGCGAGUAAACUAUACCAAGCACCUCGCACGAACGGGCGAGCAUUACGGUCAAACAUCUAAAACCUACGAACUCACAGAAGCCAAAUGGGCCGAGACCCAACGUACCUGGCGCAACCUGCAUGAUGAGAUAGCCGAAGCGAUUGUUGCCACUGGCGAGGCGAUAAUUUGUGAGAAGUUCGAUGAGGGUGUUUUGACCACCGUUCCGAGAAUCUACGCCGAGGGCAAGUUCCCGGAGCGCGGCGACGAGGAUAUCGUUGGCCCAAUGGUGCGAGAGGCGACGAUGAUGUCCCUUGAAGGCGCGGAUCGUAAAAGUUUCUGGCGCAAUCUAGCCGGUAAAGUCGGCUUGAAGAAAUAA